UUAUACAUAUCAUGCAGUGAAUUAAGGCAUUUACACCAAAAGACCAACUACAUUGAAUUACAUAAACAGUAACAUAUUAAAUUGCUUAUUAACAAGUCGAUGCAUGUGACCUUAUUGUACUGUGUUCAAAAUUUCUAUGUAAUCCAUUCUAUUAUUAUUUUGAUUGGAAUUGUUUUUUAAUUAUUUACAGAUACCCUAUUGUCAUCGGUUGUUGUAUUCUAGAUCUGUAUUGGAGUCUGUCAUGAUUGCGUAUGUCUACCAGCACCCAUCAUGGUGUUUGAGAGGAUGCCCAGGCUUGCUAGUGAAAUACACCAUCAAUACUAAUCAUCGACUAUCAACACCAUCAUCGUUUAGAUUAUGUACAGAAGAAUUUGUUUUACUCAACUUUUAAUGCAAUGGUUUGGGAUACUUUUGUCUGUUUGUUUUCAUCCAGUGAUUGGUACUCAAUAAAGCCCAACAUGAACGUUUACACAAAAUACAACUUGGCAUUGUCUUAACAACGAGGUCAGAAAAUCGGGUUCAAACUUCGUAACACGGUACCCGGAGAUAAGCCCCGUCAGACUGGCUUACUAAUAGCAGCCCGGCGCUCCGAGGAAUGACAGCCGGAUGACGCGCGAUCGCUGGUGUUCAUAUAUCAACGCUUGUCCGUGAUACUGCCGCCGCACUUGAGGAAGACUCGAAGUGGUUGCGGUAGUAACGCCUUAACUAGAAGAGGUUUAGUUCGAGCGAGAAACCGCCGUGCCCUGAUCGCGGAAGUGGCUCAUUAUCGUGCAUAAGCAAAACUGGCACGCCGGGCGGGAAACUUGGGGUUGUCUGACUCUCAGAGCCCGGACUAGGAAACACCGCAAUUAAAUAUAGGGGUGCGGUGAAGUGUCGUCAGCCUUAAAACUGGACGGACUUAUCAAGCCCCGUUGGCUGUAACACAAGGAAAGAUAUUCUUUAUUCUAUGAUGAAAGAUAAGACAGAUUCGAGACUCGAGCCAAUUUAUAACAAUAACAUUUAAAAAUGUUUAAAGUAUGAUAACGGUUUCUUAUUAGUGAUAAGGUUGAGUAACGGAUACAAUAGUUUAAUGUUGUUCAUUUGGUCACUCCAAGCGUCUACUCCUAAAAUGCUUUACUUACGUAUACAUAUGGCCACCCAGUAGUAUAAACCACAAUAACCACUUGUGGCAUGGAGAAGGGAUGAACCUAAUAUCAAGAGAAAACAGACCGGUUUUUACUCAUUUUCAUGCAUGAACAUGUAUGUUUGAGUUCAGUGCUGUAGUGUAGUACACAUUCCAUCGCUACCGCCGCCGCUGCCACCAUUACAGUGAAAUUUCAUCAUCUAAACGUCUUUAAAAAGAUUGAAAAAUGGAUGGAACUUUCAACGAUUCUGAAAAUAGUAUUAUAAUUCAAGUUCGUUCGAUGUGGGAUGGUAAUAUCGACAUAUUCAAGUUGUCUAAAAAACAUCCACUCAGAAAAACAAUGGAAUCAUAUAGUGAAAGAAUUGGUGUGGAUUUUCCUUUUCUACGAUUCUUUUUUAAAGGUCGUCCCAUUGCAGCUGAGAAUACUCCAGAAUAUCUUAAUAUUGAACAUAGUGAUAUUAUUAAUUGUUAUCAAUUCCGAUAUUGAACAACAAUGAA